AUGACUCGAAAAUCAGAAUUAGAAUCAUAUCGUCCAAAUAAACCACAACGUAAAAUUGUACCAACACCUGCUCUAAAGAAAUACCAUCAAGAACAGUCAUUACAGAUGACGCAGAUCGAUAAUUUUGAUGAUGAAGCCAGGUUGGCUAAACGUCAUUUAACAAAAGAAAUGUGGCAAUUGGUUCGAAUAGCUGUGCAACGAAUGGCUGAUGAACUUGUAUCAAUAUCAAAAAAUCAACAAGCAUUGAAAACACAACUUCCAGUGCAACUUUCAAGAUCUGUAUCAAAAACAACAACAAUCAAUGAUAACAAUCAUCGAACUGAUUUAUCAAUCUUAUUGGAAGAGCCAAAAGUUGAUCAACAAAUUCAACCUGUAACUCUCACGUGUGGCGGUGGUGAUCACAUCAUGGAUACUUUACCCAAAACAAUAUCAACCACUACAACAACAACAGCAGUCGAACAAAAAGUACCAACAAUAACUUUGAAUGAUCGAAAAAGUUCGUUGUCGAUGUUAUCAAAGGAUCCAGAAGUGUUAAGGAAAAAAAAGAAUUUGAAUAAUAACAAUAACAAAAACAAAAACCAAUCAAAACUUCGCAUAAACAAGAAUUUAUUUGUUACAAAACAACGUCAGUUAAAAAAAAAGAAAGAUCUGAAAGCAAAAAGUAAGAAAAAUAAUAACAGUUUGAAACCAGCACUGAAUAUUAUUGGAAAAUCAACAACUAUACUGGACAAUAAACAAUCUCGUAAUAUUAAGCCUGCAAUAAAAAAAUGA